UUUUCAUAAACUCCUGGGUUGCCCAUUUCGCCCAGGGCUGGCCGUCCCUGUUUCCUUGAAGCAGGCUACGAUUGAGAAAGCUUACCCAACAACAAUCUUGAGCAAUCUCCAAAAAAGUAACCUCCCGGACAACCUCUAUGAUCACAAGCAUGGUCAAGAAUGUCAUCGUCGUUGGUGGUUCCUACGUUGGACGAGCUACAGCACAGGAACUCGCCAAGGUAGUACCUGCGUCGCACAGGGUCUUGCUCAUCGAGCCUCAUAGCCAUUUUCACCACCUCUUCACUUUCCCCCGGUUUGCUGUUGUGCCUGGUCAUGAACACAAAGCAUUUGUCCCAUACACUGGCAUUUUCUCAUCCGUGCCCAGAUCAGCUUCACAUGCUGUCAUUCAGGCACGAGUUCUCUCGCUACAGCCUCACGAAGUGAAGCUCGACCGUGAAUGGGAAGGAUCAAGCCAAAUUCCCUUUGACUAUCUGACUGUUGCAACCGGCACCCUGCUUUCACAGCCGGCAGCGAUGAAGAAGGAUGACAAACAGUCCUCAGUAAGCUACUUGAGGCAGCACCAAAACGAUGUCGAGCGAGCAAAGUCCAUACUCAUCGUCGGAGGUGGAGCCGUUGGGGUGCAGAUGGCGACGGAUCUGAAAGAGUAUUAUCCAGACAAGAACAUCACGGUGGUGCAUUCGCGGGUCCACCUCAUGCCUCAAUAUCACCACAAAUUCCAUGGGCUUGUCAAGAAAAGGUUUGAUGAACUGGGUGUCAAGCUCAUUACCGGCGCUCGUGUUAAGAUCCCGCCCGGCGGCUUUCCCACCAAUAGCUCUCCAUUCGACGUCGAGCUCACCAGCGGGCAGAAAGUUUCCACAGACUUCGUGAUUCUGGCAACCGGGCAGAGCCCUAACAAUACUCUGGUCAGAGAUCUGGACCCUGAUUUUCCGAACGCAGUCAUCAACCCAGACAAUGGGUAUAUUCGCGUGCGGCCAACUUUGCAGUUUCUCGAUGAGAAAUAUCCUCAUCUCUUCGCAGUUGGCGAUAUCGCCGACACUGGUGCACAUAAGGCUGCACGGCCAGGAGUCGCGCAAGCAGCCGUUGUUGCCAAAAAUAUUCAGUCAUUGUUGGAAGGGCGGGAGGCAGAAGAGAAGUACAUACCUGGUCCUGCCGGAAUUCAUCUGUCGUUGGGCAUGAAGCACAACGUGAUCUUCAGGAACCCGAACAAGGCGGAAGGCGAGACGGAGCCGACGGUCAUGCCCAAGACCGAUGGCCAAGAGGAUAUGGGGGUGGAAGGCUUCUGGAAGAGGCUAGGAGUCGAGGUCAACAAUCUUCAGCAAUACCACUUGUAAAAGGGAUAUGUCUCGGCUCCUGGACACGACGGGCCGCCAAUGCCUGUGAAGGGACACUAAGACCGUCAAGUCGAGGCAACUUGCGCCUUAUCGCCAGCUCAUCUCUCCUUUUGAUUCCUGGAACGCUCGGGGUCGGCAAGAGCAUCGGCAUUCCACCUUGGGUCUUUGCUUUCAUUGACUGGUGCCCAGCCUAACUGGAUCUACCCUCGGUUAGGAGAGGCAUUCAAUCCGACAUUGUAGUGGACCUUACCUGCAUGGUCUUCUGGUCCCAGUCCUUGGUGAAGCUCUGGAUCUUCCCAUCUUCGACCUCGAAAAUGGCUGCCGCAGCCCACCUGGCAUGUUUAUUGGAUGCUGGAAUUCCCUUGUAUGGCUUGCCGCAGUGGCUACCUUCUGCCGUAUAUCUGAGCAGGACAUGGCCAUUCUUUGCGAAAACCUGGUCGAACCGGAUGAUGUGGAGGUCGGAUACGCUUGCCAUUACGACCGAGUGCGAUGUCGCAUAGUCCAUUGGCGUUUGACAUCCUGGAAAAGUGGCCGGAGCCCAGAACCAGCUAUCAUCACGACAUAGAUGGCGGACGGAGUCUCCACCUUUGUUCUCGGUUGGAGAAUACGCGAUUGCCAUGUACUUUUUGCAGACAUCGAUGUUGCGCUGGUAAAGAGGACUGUCAGUCAAAGUGAACUCCAAGGGCUUAGCCAUCAAUAAUUCUGGCAGAUCGAUUCGGGAGAGGAGCAUGCUGCACGAACCUCUUCCUCCGGAGUCUGCUCCGUGGUAAUGACUGCAGGAGGGUAUUCGCGAGAGCCCAUGAUGGCGGUGGGUGCUUUUCCUCUUGAUAGGAUGUCUAGUAUCGACAAUGCUCAAGACCCAGUUGGAGAAUGAAAUAUCCAUGUUGCUUCACUGAUAUCAUACUUGCC